AUGUAUGACCCUGAGGCUGGUCUCCUGACCCUGGAUCAGAUCACCUGUGCGAGACAGGUGCUGCAGACCAGCGGUCUGUGUUACCACACCCCCGUACUGCACCAUGUACAGACCCUGUGUGGGCUGGACACAGACAUAGAUCUGUACCUUAAGCUGGAGAACAUGCAGAACACAGGAUCCUUUAAGAUCCGAGGAGUGGUGAACCAGAUGGCUCACAUCCCCGCCACGGCGGCCCGAGGACAGACGCAUCUCAUCAGCAUGUCUGCAGGGAACUUUGGGAAGGCGUUUGCCUACAUGGUGCAGCAGCAGGGUCUGAAGGGGACAGUGUUCAUGCCUGAUACUGCACCAGCAAACAGGGCUGAGCUCAUCAAGAGCUAUGGCUUAGAUGUAGAGAGGAUGCCCACCUCUGAGCUGCAGCCAGCUGUAGACAGGUGUGUGAGGGAGAGACAGAUGCACUACCUGCACCCGUUUGAUGAUAUCAACCUCAUGGCAGGACAUGGCAGUGUGGGACUUGAGAUUCUGGAGGACGUUCCCUACCCUGACGUGGUGGUGGUGUGCUGCGGAGGGGGAGGUUUGCUAGGUGGAACGGCCGCAGCGAUCAAGCUGUCUGGACGGAACAACACGAGAGUGUACGGGGUGGAACCAGAGGGGGCGCCCUCUAUGUUUGAAAGCAGAAAGGCAGGGAAACCUGUGGGAGUCCAGGUGAAGACUGUAGCAGCAGGACUGGCUCCUCCAUAUGCAGGUCCGAAUGCCUACAAACAUAACGUGGCAUUUGUAGAGGAUGUGGUCCUGGUCAGCGAUGAUGAGAUUGUGGCGGCGGUGCGGCGGUUGUUUUCUCGUGGACUCGUGGUAGAGCCAUCGGGCGCAGCGGCCUUCGCGGCUCUGAUGUCUGGGAAAAUUCCGGACAUGAAGGGGAGGAAGGUUGUUGUUGUGAUAACCGGAGGGAACGUCACGACUCAAGAACUGAACAACAUCUGUGGAUAACACUUGUUUCGGAAGUUCAGUCAAAACUGCUCAAAAACACUUAGUUAUGUUUACCGAAGAAAAAACAUAUUCUUUUUGCUCUGUUUCUUCUUCCUCUUCUCUAAACAGUAACCUCAAUGACCUGAGGCUGAACCAAUGUUGUGUCUGUCACCAUGGUAACAAGUGUUGGGUUACAUCAUGUUGCAAUUUUAUAGCAGGAGCGAUUUAGACUCCU